UUUAUUUUUAUUUAUUUAUUAGUUUGUUUUUAGGAAGUGAAAUGGGUCUUCCACACAGGAUUUCAUUGUUUCUCCUCCUCUGCUCAUCUCCAAUAGUGUUUGUUGGUGGUGCUUCCAACUCCACCGAGGCUCUCUGUGAUCGUCGCUGUCUGGCAAAUGCUCGGGUUAAACAAGAACUGUUCAGUGCGCCACAGGAUGAUAACUGUACCAUGGUAGUGAACAUCACUUCAAUACAAUAUGAGACGCUGUCUUUCGAUACAAAGGGCAUGGAAAUGAGCAGCCGUAUCAAGACAUGCUUAGUCUUAGUCAAGUACGCAAGUGAUUCAGGGACGAGCGGUCUGAAGAGGCACACCUGCAAGGCAAAUUCGGGAAAGAAUCAGCCAAGCAUCGCUUCGUUCAUCAAGCGAAAAUUGCCGUCAGGUGUCAAGUCUCGUCUGACCGACAAAAUUGCUCGCAUGUGCAGCGAACUCAGACCCUUUUCUGUGGUAGAGGGGAAAGGCUUUACCAAUGUAGCACAGGAGCUGCUCGACAUUGGAGCCAAAUAUGGAAGUAACGUGCAGGAAUGGAAGGAUCCUGAUCUUGGAUGGAUGCAAGAGAAACCUAGAUUUCCAACAAUUGUUAUGCCAGUUGAUAAAAUCUGGAUUCCUCAGAUAGUUUUGGACAACGCAAUUGAAACGACUGUGGAGCCGUACACUAAGGAUGUACAGGUGAGGCGGGAUGGUACAGUGAGCCAUGCAAUUGUUAUGUUCACGACGGUGAGCUGUCAAAUCAACCUCUUUAACUACCCCUUUGUGACUGGGUCGUGCCCCGUGGCCAUCAAUGGAUGGAGCCAGAAAACUUGCGCACUCAAUUUCCAGAUCUCUGAUAACGUGACUUUGGUUGGCGGCAGUCGAGGAGAGUGGCUGACUACUAGUGUGAACAAAACUGUGGAUGCAUCAAAUCGUGUUUAUCUCCUAGUGGCUCUGUCGAUUAACCCCUUCAGUGCUUUUGUGACCCUGAUCCUGCCCAGCGCACUGAUACUGCUGGCUGACCUGGUGAGCUUCGCUCUGCCAUUCGAAGGAGGAGAGCGCAACUCUUUUAAGGUCACUUUGGUUCUGAGCUUCACUAUGUUCCUCCUCAUCCUCAGCGAUCACCUGCCUAACAGUGGCCACUGUAGCCCCCUGCUCCACUACCACUUCAGCUUCUGUCUGGUGUGUUUGGUCAUGAGUAUGCUGGCCUCCAUAGUGCUAACACGUCUGUCUGUAGAAGACAGCUUCUUGGUGUGCAGACGCUCCACCAAAGUUCAUCCAUCAAGCAGCUCCAAAACAAAUGACGGCCUGAAUCAGGAGAAAGGUAUAAGAUGA